GGCUGAGUUUGGAAACUCCACACCUCAGUCCUGGACACCAAGACAUCUGUUCAACUGAAACAUUCAGAUUCUCUGAAAGACCAGAAUGAGCAUCCCUGAGCAAACUGAAAAAUUCCUGAAGGAGUAUCUGGACGAGCUGAAUGACGCAGAUCUACAGACGUUCCAAUGGUACCUGGCCAAGCAUCAGAGGGAUGGAGUUCGACUCAUCCGCAGGGCCCAGCUGCAGAACGGUACCAGAGAAGAAACUGCAGACAAACUCGUACAGGUUCAUGGAGAAGUUGAAGCCGUGGCGGUCACAGUGGAUAUUUUACAGAGAAUGAAUCACAAUGACCUUGUGAUAAAACUGACUGAAGCCAACGCUGGAAGGAAUGGAGAAGAACACAUGUCCAUCACUGUCCAGGACACAUCUACUCCAUUGCCCACCACUGGUCAGGAGAUAUCUGAGCAGACGUCCAAUACUAUCCAGGACACAUCUACUCAGACGUCCACGGCUGCUGUGGAGUCACCUCCAGACCUUUCUUGUGCCGUUUGCUUCAAUAUUUACACUGAUCCCGUCACGCUGCAGUGUGGACAUAACUUCUGUAAGACCUGUGUUCAAGACCACUGGAGGAGGAAGGCCAGUCGUAAAUGUCCUCUUUGCAGAGGCGUCACCCAACAUGAUCCUCCAACUAAUUUUGAUUUGAGGAGAAUGUGCGAACGGGAGAAAAGUGGGGGCUGCCAAUCAAGAUGGAGGGACUCGCAUCAGGUUUUGUCGAAGGAGGUCCAAGAGAAGCAUGAAGAUUUCGACAAAGUGAAACAGUUCUGUAGUCCAUCGAUUGACCUCAUUAAAGUUCAGAGCCAGAACAUGGAGAAGAAGAUUAAAGAGGACUUUGAGAAGCUUCGUCUGUUCCUCAGAGAAGAGGAAGCCACCAGAGUAGCAGCAGUGAAAGAAGAAGAAAGGCAUAAAAUUAGCCGGAUGGAAAAGAUCAUGAAGCUCAGAAGAGACACUCUGAUGCUCUCUGACACCGUGAAGGACCUGGAAGACUUAGGAGACGGUCCGUUACUGUCGAAAUUCAAAGCUGAUAUGGAGAGAGCUCAGAACUCGCUGCCGGAUCUACAGCAACUUCCAGAGGCUCGGAUCGAUGAAGGCCGACACCUGGACAACCUUCAGUUCAGGAUCUGUGAGAAGAUGAUGAACAUGACGAACCCCACAUCUGCAGAUCAGGACUCCACCACAUCUACAAGGAGGUCUACGCCUUUAAGCCUGAGGAUGUCAGAGGAGAAGGAGGAGGUGGUGAAGGUGGUGAAAGUGGGUGAAGGUACCAUCUUGGAAUGUCAGCAGAAACUGAAAGCUUCUCUUAAAAGGAAGUUCCACUUUGUGCCUGAGGGCAUGACGACAGAGGAAAACCAAAUCCCGCUCAAUAGCAUCUACACUGAGCUCUUUAUCACUGAAGGACGAGGUGGGGAAGUCUGUCAGGAACAUGAGAUGAGACAGAUCGAGAAGUUCACCAUGACAAGGGUGGCCCAAGAGAAGUCAAUCGAUUGCAACUGUCUUUUCGAUCCUCUGCCGGGUCAAGGCCACCAGAUAAGAAGAGUGAUCACAACGGGAGUCGCUGGCAUCGGUAAAACUGUGUCUGUAAAUAAAUUCACACUGGACUGGGCUGACGACUGGGCAAAUAAAAACCUACAAUUUGUAUUUCCCCUCAGUUUUCGAGAGCUGAAUCUGAUGAGUAAGCAAACCUUUAGUCUAGAGCAGCUUCUACACGUCUUCUUCCCUGAAGUAAAAGACUUGGACAUCCUCACCAACGAUAAACACAACAUACUGUUCAUCUUGGACGGUCUGGAUGAGAGUCGCCCCCCUUUAAACUUGGACAGUGAAAUACUGUCUGACGUGACAAAACCAUCCAAGAUAGACGUGCUUCUGGUGAACCUCUUCAAGAGAAAGCUUGUUCCUUGGGCUCUUGUUUGGGUAACGUCACGUCCAGUAGCUUCCAUUCAGAUCCUACUCGAGUGUUUUGAUCUGUUUACAGAGGUACGAGGCUUCAACGACGCCCAGAAAGACGAGUACUUCAGGAGGAAAAUCCGAAAUGAGACCGUAGCAAACAGGAUAAUCACACAUGUGAAAUCCUGCAGGAGUCUCCACAUCAUGUGCCACAUCCCUGUUUUCUGCCGGAUGACCGCAAAUGCUCUUAACAAGAAUCUGUCAUUGACAGACAUGAUCAACGCACCAAACACUCUUACAGAAAUGUACUUACGCUUUUUGGCCUUUUCCGUGGAAACAAUGAAGAAAAGGUUACCUAAAACAAUAGACUCACAUGUCGACUUCAUAAGAGAGAACCUGAUGUCACUGGGUAAACUGGCCUUCAAUGAACUGGAGAAGGGAAACCUGGUCUUCUACAAGAGAGACCUGAAGGCCAAUGGUAUAGAUGUUUCACAGGCUUCAUUGUUCUCAUUCUACACACAGAUCUUCAAAGAAGAACCUACAGUCUGUGGUGAGAAGACGUUCUGCUUUGUGCAUCUCAGUGUUCAUGAGUUUUUUGCUGCGUUGUACGUCUUUCUUAGCUUCCACAACGACAACAAAAAUGUCCUCUUGAAAAAGUCUUCUGCUUCACGUUUUCCAAUGAGAGACAAAUCAGAAUUCAUCCUCUACAGAGAAGCUGUCAAAAAGGCUUUGCAGUACGAGAAUGGACAUUUUGACAUGUUUCUCCGUUUUCUCCUGGGUCUGUCUCUGGAAACCAAUAAGAUUCUGUUGAAACAUCUGAUGACCAGUGACAGAACAAAACCAAAGACAAGACAAGAGAUCAUAAAGUACAUCAAGGAGAAGAUCAGAGCGAGUCCAUCCCCAGACAGAUGUCUCAAUCUGUUCCACUGUCUGAAUGAGUUGCAUGACCACUCUCUUAUGGAGGAGAUCCAGAAUUUCUUCAGCUCAGGUGGUCUGAACAGAGCUGAACUCUCACCUGCUCAGUGGGCCAUCCUGUCCUAUGUGUUACUGACAUCAGAGGAAAAGUUGGAUGUGUUUGAGCUGAGCAAGUACACUAGGUCCGAGAAAGGUCUUCAUGGGCUUCUGGAUGUUGUCAAAGCAGCUCGAGUUGCAAAUCUGAAUGCUUGUAAGCUCACUGUGAACUGCUGCGAGAAGCUGUCAAGUGUCAUCAGCUCUUCACAAAUCCAAGAGCUUGACUUGAGUAACAACAACCUGAGAGAUGAAGGACUAAUACUGCUCUGUGGUGGACUCAUGAACAGCAAACUGGAGACGCUUCGACUGAGGAGCUGCAACCUAACAGAGAAAAGCUGCGACGCUCUUUCCUCAGUCGUCAAAUCGGUCUCCGGCCUCCUGAAAGAACUAGAUCUCACCGACAACGACUUUGAGGAUGUGGGAGUCAAAAAGCUUUGUGUUGGACUGGGGAGUCCUCACUGUAAACUGGAAAUACUCAAUUUGUCCAUGUGCAGAGUCACCGAAGAAGGGUGCACAUUCUUGGUUUCUGCUCUGAACUCCUGCAGUCUGAGACAGUUGGACCUGAGCUACAACCACCCAGGAGACGACGGCCUAAAACUGUUGAAGACGAUGGAGAGAGACCCUCAGUGCAAGCUGGAGAAACUCUGUGCGGAACAAUGCGGUGAAUCCAGGGUUCAGCCAGGUUUGAGGAAAUAUACAGUUCAACUCACCCUGGACCCGAACACCGCACACAGAGACCUUCAGUUGUCCGAGGGGAACAAAAAGGCAACCCGACCGCCCAAGCGUACCAGCGACCAAGACAGAGCCGACUUCCAGACCCAGGUGUCGUGUUCCCAGGGUCUGACCGGACGCUGUUACUGGGAGACGGAAUGGAGAGGGAUGGCUUCGAUGGGAGUGGCCUACAGACGGACGUCCACCAAGGGUGAGGGUGGGGACAUCAGGACGGGCCAGAACGACUCCUUCUGGGGUCUGAACUGCACCAAAGGCAAAUACCAGGUUCAGCACAAAGGUACCAGCACCCCAAUAGAAGACCAAGAGCCCUCCCACAAAGUAGGAGUCUUCCUGGACUGGUCUGCAGGGACGUUGUCUUUCUACAGUGUCUCCUGUGGUGACCGGAGCCACAUUCGCACCCUCAACAUCGCCUUCACGGAGCCUGUUUACCCAGAAUUCCACCUGGCCUGGAAGAAUUCCUCAGUCUAUCUGAACUGA